AUGGUGGAUAAGGGAUCCUGUAAGCCUAUGGAUGAUAGUUUUGCUAGAAGCACUUUGUGCAGAGAAGAAAAAUCCAUACCCAAACACUCGCCAGCUUGGUCUGGAGGAGGACGGGAAGGAGGUGCAAAGAGUGAUUUCGAAACUAAAGAAGCCAUGACCCUCGACAGCUUAGCUAAUAAAUUAGCCACCACUGAUACCUCGGAGCUCAACUAUCUAGUGCAGGAGCCGGAGAAGGAUGGGGUGCACACCAACAAAAUCUUCCUGGACAAACAAGAGAAACAGCGGCAGUUCGAAAUGAAAAGGAAGCUUCACUACAACCAAGGACUGAACAUCAAAUUGGCCAGACAGUUGAUUUCCAAAGAUCUACAACGUGAGGACGAGGAGGAUGAAAACAAAGAAAGUUGGCAUGCCACCAGCCAAGACAAGACUACCACCAUGGAGGAAUCAGAGGAAGGCCCCACCAGCGACGAGGAACUGCAGACCCAGUCAUUCUACGACGAGAAGACAACGUUUGAUCAACGCUGCAAUUGUUUGUCAGAUCCAAACCCUGUUACUAUAACCCACGGCUUCUUGUUCUGUAGAGCUCAUGUUUCAAGUACUGAAAUACUUAUCAGUUAA